AUGAUGAGCUGUCGAGUCGUCUCAGGAAUCCGGGGCGUACAUCUGGCUCAAAGGAGAGCUUUCUGUUCGUCCAAUGGAGCUCAGAAGAACGGACCAACUGGGGUCGUAUUCAUGAACAUGGGUGGACCGCGCACCGUAUCGGAAACAGGAGACUUCUUGUCGAGAUUGUUCCAUGAUGGCGAUCUGAUUCCGCUGCCAUUUCAAUCCACCCUAGCUCCAUUCAUCGCGAAAAGAAGGACUCCGAAGAUCGAGAAACAGUACGCAGACAUCGGAGGCGGCUCACCCAUCUUGAAGUGGACCCAGGAACAAGCAUCAGGAAUGGUUAAGAUCCUUGACGAACUAUCGCCGGAAACCGCUCCUCAUCGUCCAUACGUCGCUUUCCGAUAUGCACACCCGCUUACUGAGACUUGUUUAGAAGAAAUGAAAAGAGACGGUGUCACUCGUGCCGUUGCCUUUUCACAAUAUCCCCAAUACAGCUGUUCUACUACUGGAAGCAGCCUGAACGAGCUUUACAGACAGCUCAUCAAGGAUUCGAAGGAUGGUCCGUCCUCAAUCAAGUGGAGUGUGAUUGAUCGUUGGCCAACUCAUCCUGGGCUGAUUGAGGCUUUCGCAACACAUGUCGAACGAGCUCUGGAAUCGUACGACCCCCUCGUCCGGUCGAAGGUCAUCCUCCUAUUUUCUGCUCAUUCCUUGCCCAUGUCGGUGGUCAAUCGUGGCGACACCUAUCCUUCGGAAGUGGCGGCAACAGUUCAUGCAGUGAUGAAGCGCUUAAAUCAUCGGAAUCCAUAUCGAUUGGUUUGGCAGAGUCAAGUCGGCCCUUCAGCCUGGUUAGGUCCCCAAACUUCGGAUGCAUUGAAAGGAUACGCAAAGAAAGGAGUCAACGACAUGCUCUUAAUACCGAUUGCAUUUACUUCGGAUCAUAUCGAGACUUUGUUUGAAUUGGACCUCGAAUACAUUGAAGAGGCCAAAGAGGCCGGGCUGACAGGAGUCAAAAGAGUCGAAUCACUCAAUGCAGACCCCAUUUUCGUCAGAGCGUUGGCUGAUAUUGUAGCAGAACAUUUGAAAUCUUCUGGUCUUUCGCCAACGAGCACUCAGAUGACCCUUCGUUGCCCCGGUUGUAUCAAUAGCACUUGCCUCAAAUCCAAACAGUAUUUUUCUCAGCAAGAAAUAUCAUAG